GCCGGGCUGCCCCCAGCAUAGGCCUCGGAGGGCCGGACCUGCCCAGAAUCCAAGGCCAGGGCACCCCCCAAGUCGGGCCCUUGUGCACCCCAGCCAGCUCAGGUGACCAGGCGGGCGCCGGGCACACCUGGCGCCGUCCCCUGACCCCGCCCCGGGCCGGGCCGCACCCCGAAACGCUCUCUGGGGGAGCCAGCGCGGCAGAGCAGGGCCAUGGCAGCGGCGCCAGCAGUGGGCGCCGCGCAGGGGCCCCCGCCGGGUGCACCGUCCCCGCCGGCCGGCGCGCCAGGGCCUGCGUCCGGCCUGGGCCGCUGCCGGAUGGCGCUGCUGCUGGCCGUGGCGCUGGACGUGGCGGGCAUGGCGGCGCUGCUGACCGGCGUGUUCGCGCAGCUGCAGGUGCGCGGCCGCGACUUCGGCGACCUGCUCAUCUACUCGGGCGCGCUGCUCGUCUUCCUGAGCCUGCUCGGCUGGAUCCUCUGGUACACCGGCAACAUCGAGAUCUCGCGCCAGGAGCUCGAGCGCGACUACGGCCUGCGGCCCUCGGCUCUGGCCCGCCUGGCACGCAAGCUCUCCCGCCGCUGGUCUGCGCCGGCCUCCUGCUCCGGCCCGCGCGUCCCGCCCGGCUCUCUAGGAACGCGCCGUGCCGCCCGCGCGCCCCCGCCGCCCGCCGCCGGCUCCCGCCGCGUGCGCCUGCAGCUCGCUACGCUCGAGGCCGGGCCCGGGGCGGCGGGCGCAGGCACCGAGUGAGCCCGAGAUGGACCCACGGAGCCACCUGUCAGGACUGGACUGCGGUGUGCAGUUGCGCCCACCAUCAUCUGGGCCACCAGGAUGCCUACCUGUCCGCCCCUAUCCUCCCCUGGAUAAAUGGCUCUGCCUCAUA